UAUAGUCGGUAGCCUACCAAAUCACAAGGGCAGUUGGACAUAGAGCGACAGACCUGUCAGUCCACCACAAAUCAGACUUGGUCACAAACAAACUGAGAAACGGGACAUUAUGGCGAUGAGGAACUCUGAGCACUACUCCCGCUGGGCCGAGAGGAGAUCUACUGUGGUUUAUGCUGUAAGAUCGGCCACAUUUGGGGCUUGGCGGAUGCUGACAUUGGGCGCAGAAUACAGCUCUUGGGCCCGGACCGACACCUCAAACAGAUGCACGCGCGCAGCCAGACACAAGCCCGACGUGGACGAUGACAACCUCAACAACUCAGAUGUUGGACCCGUCAAACAAACAUUCUACGAUUCAGUCUGUGAACUCAAGAGCUUGUUUGACGACAAAAAUGUUCCAAGUAUCAUCCAUGCCCACAAGACGUUUACUGAGGACGUUAUUAGCGCACCCUGGUGUCCGAGAAUGGCUCGCUUUGGAGAUGAUCUACCAACCCGUUAUGGAGGCGGCGGUCCGCCGGGCGCUGGACGAGGGGGCGCCCGGGCAGGGGGUCCUUCAGGUGGCCAGAGGAUGUACAAACAGUCGAUGGCUCAAAGAGCCAGAACAAUGGCUUUGUACAAUCCAAAACAGACAAAACGGAAUUGCUUUACUGUCAAUCGGUCCUUGUUCAUUUUCAGCGAGGACAAUGCGAUACGGAAGUAUGCCAAGAGAAUAACCGAAUGGCCUCCAUUCGAGUAUCUAAUCCUGGCUACCAUCAUUGCCAACUGUGUGGUGUUGGCUCUGGAGCAGCACCUCCCUGCUGGAGACAAGACCCCCAUGUCAGAGCGCCUGGAUGACACAGAGCCCUACUUCAUUGGCAUCUUCUGUUUCGAGGCCGGGAUCAAGAUCAUGGCCUUGGGCUUCGUCUUCCACAAAGGCUCCUAUCUCCGCAAUGGCUGGAACGUAAUGGACUUUGUGGUCGUGCUCACAGGAAUCCUGACUGUGGCCCAAAGUACUGUGGGGAAUGACAAAGUGGGAUCAGAGUUCGACUUGAGGACCUUACGAGCUGUGAGAGUGUUGAGACCACUGAAACUGGUAUCGGGUAUUCCCAGCUUGCAGGUGGUCUUGAAGUCCAUCAUGAAGGCCAUGGUCCCUCUCCUGCAGAUCGGGCUGCUGUUGUUUUUCGCCAUUGUGAUGUUUGCCAUCAUCGGGGUGGAGUUCUACAUGGGCAAGUUCCACCACACCUGCUUCCGGAAUGACACAGGUGAAAUGCAGCGGAUAGCCGAGCACCCAUGCGGCACAGAGCGGCCCGCCCGCCUGUGUGAGCCUGGCGCCGUGUGCAGCGAGUUCUGGAUUGGACCAAACUACGGCAUCACCAACUUCGACAACAUCCUGUUCGCUAUCCUCACUGUGUUUCAGUGCAUUACCAUGGAAGGCUGGACGGACAUUUUGUACAGCGCUGAUGACUCAUCGGGAAACACCUGGAACUGGCUCUACUUCGUCCCCCUCAUCAUCAUCGGCUCCUUCUUCAUGCUCAACCUGGUACUGGGUGUCCUGUCUGGGGAGUUUGCCAAAGAGAGGGAGCGUGUGGAAAAGCGGAGAGAGUUCCUGAAGCUGCGCCGGCAGCAGCAGAUUGAGCGCGAGCUGACAGGCUACCUGGAGUGGAUCUGCAAAGCCGAGGAGGUGUUAUUGGAAGAAGAGGAUCAGAAUGCAGAAGAGAAGUUUAGUCUGGAUGGUGUGUGGUACAAGAGGAAACACAACAACUCAGUGUUAACACGGGGUAAGGUGAAGAAGAGCAAGAAUGAGCUGAUUAAUGCAGAGGAGGGUGAAGAGCAGUUCAACGACAUCUCCUCUGUUGCCCCCCCAGGUUCUCCAUUCGGUCGGGUUAGCCUGAAAAGUGGCAAGAAUGAUGGCUCCUCGUAUUUCCGCCGCAAGGAGAAGCGGGUGCGUUUCUUCAUCCGUCGCAUGGUGAAGGCCCAGAGCUUCUACUGGUUUGUGCUGUGUGUCGUCGGUCUCAACACCCUCUGUGUGGCCAUCGUGCACUAUGACCAGCCUGAGUGGCUCACCCAAGCACUCUAUCUUGCAGAAUUUGUGUUCCUGGGUUUGUUCUUGACAGAGAUGACGUUUAAGAUGUAUGGCAUUGGCCCCAGGAACUACUUCCACUCUUCGUUUAACUGCUUUGACUUUGGGGUGAUCCUGGGGAGCAUACUGGAAGUGGUUGUGGCAGCCAUCUAUCCGGGGGCUUCAAUUGGCAUCAGUGUUCUACGGGCGCUGCGCCUACUGAGGAUUUUCAAAGUUACAAAGUACUGGAACUCCUUGCGGAACCUUGUAGUGUCUCUUCUCAAUUCCAUGAAGUCCAUUAUCAGUUUACUUUUCCUGCUCUUCCUGUUCAUCGUUGUCUUCGCUCUGCUGGGGAUGCAGCUCUUCGGUGGCCAGUUUAACUUUAGGGACGAAACUCCAACAACAAACUUUGAUACCUUCCCCUCGGCUAUCAUGACAGUCUUCCAGAUACUCACAGGAGAGGACUGGAACGCUGUGAUGUAUCAUGGGAUCGAGUCGCAGGGGGGCGUCCACGGAGGAAUGUUCUCUUCUGUGUAUUUCAUCAUUCUCACUCUUUUUGGAAACUACACUCUGCUAAAUGUAUUCUUGGCCAUCGCUGUUGACAAUCUCGCUAAUGCACAGGAACUCACAAAGGACGAAGAGCAGCAAGAGGAAGCCAAUAAGAAGCUGGCCAUGCAGAAGGCUCUGGAGGCCAAGGAGGCCAAGGAGGCCAGUCCAAUGUCAGCAGCUAAUAUCUCCAUCUCAGCUUUUGUAAAGCAAAAUAGAGGAGCGGUCUCGCGCAGUUCUUCCAUCUGCAGUGCACACUCACCUAAGGAGCAGCGCUCCUCCAUGAAGCUGUCUGUGUGGGAGCAGCGCACCUCACAGUUGCGUCGCCACAACCUUCGAGCCAGCAGUGAGGCGCUCUACAGCGAGCUGGAACCCGAGGAGCGCCGCCACCUCUCCUCCGCCCUCCACCUGUGGCCCGACGCGAAGGCGCACCACGACCGGCCUUUGCUCGUUGAUUUGGGCGACGACAUUGCCAGCGGGAAUGGCGACCGAGCAGGCAAGACCGAGAAUGGGUCAACAACAAUGAGGCCUGCUGCAACAGAGGGUGUGGCGGCCAUAAGUGACAAAAAUGCCCAACAGCAGCAAUCGUUUCAGCACACAGCAGAACCUCCACACAAGCACCACUGCCACAGGGAUCGCUUGUCCCACAAGAGAAGCGAGAAUCAGGGGGGGGAUCCGGCCAGUAGGCAGCACCACACUCAUCACAAUCGUAGCCGGGAGCGGCGACUGGAACGUGGACACAGCCAAGGGGAUUGGUCCCCCAACAAUGAUGCACCGAGCACUACACUGAGGCACCACCACCACCAAGGGGGAAAACCUCUCAAGGAGGAUUGGACUGAGACAGACAGAGACAGAGAGGGACACCCCCACUCCCGUCAACAGUCCAGAGGCGAGGGCAACGGGGAGCUUUUUUCCUACAGGGAUGAAGAGGAGAGACGCGGCAGUAGGGAGCGACAAAUGCACCAACAGAGGGCUCUACGAGCCCAGUCCACACUGGACACGGAGAAUGGAAACAAGGAGCGCUCGAGGGGACACAGGGACAGAAACUCAGACGGAGAUGCUGACCACCACCCGGGCACCAACCCCCUGCAGUCUCCCUUGGAGAAGGCGUCUCCUGCACUGGAAAAGGCAGCGGAGGAGGCAGACAACCUCAAGAACAACAACCACCACAGUGGCCAAACCAGCAUUCACAUCCCAGUGACCAUCACUUCCCCUCCAGGAGAGACCACCACCAUUCCCCUGAAUGUCCUUGAUGGGGAGAGCCUUCUGCAGCCUGAGGAGGAGGCCCAAAAUGGUCCGCGACAGAUUCUCCCUUACAGCUCCAUGUUUGUGUUUGGACCAACCAACCCGGUGAGGAGGCUGUGCCAUUACAUUGUGAACAUGCGCUACUUUGAGGUGUGCAUCCUCCUGGUGAUCACCAUGAGCAGCAUCGCCCUGGCAGCAGAGGAUCCCGUGCAGACCAACGCGCCGCGCAACAAUGUUUUGAAAUACUUAGAUUACGUCUUCACUGGGGUGUUCACCUUUGAGAUGGUAAUUAAGAUGAUUGACUUGGGACUGCUGCUUCAUCCCGGCGCCUAUUUCCGUGACCUGUGGAACAUUCUAGACUUCAUCGUCGUCAGUGGUGCACUGGUGGCCUUUGCCUGCUCAGGAACAAAAGGGAAGGACAUCAACACCAUCAAGUCCCUGAGGGUUCUGCGUGUUCUACGACCGCUAAAGACCAUAAAACGGUUACCCAAGCUUAAGGCUGUCUUUGAUUGUGUGGUGAACUCUUUGAAGAAUGUGCUUAACAUCCUGAUAGUCUACAUCCUCUUCAUGUUCAUCUUCGCCGUCAUCGCUGUGCAACUCUUCAAGGGAAAGUUCUUCUACUGCACUGAUGAGUCCAAGACACAACAGAAUGACUGCAGGGGCAAAUUUCUGGAAUAUGAUCGGGACAAGGUGGAAGCCAAAGAUCGGGAGUGGAGGAAGUAUGACUUUCACUAUGACAACGUCCUCUGGGCUUUUCUGACGCUCUUCACUGUGUCUACUGGAGAGGGAUGGCCACUUGUUCUGAAGCACUCUGUGGACGCCACCGACGAGGACCAAGGCCCCAGCCCAGGGUUCCGCAUGGAGAUGUCCAUCUUUUAUGUGGUCUACUUUGUGGUAUUCCCGUUCUUCUUUGUCAACAUCUUCGUGGCUCUGAUUAUCAUCACCUUCCAGGAGCAAGGAGACAAGGCCAUGUCCGACUGCAGUCUGGAGAAGAAUGAGCGGGCAUGUAUGGACUUCGCCAUCAAUGCUAAACCACUAACACGGUAUAUGCCUCAGGACAAGCAGUCGAACCAGUACAAGCUGUGGAGGUUUGUGGUGUCGACACCCUUUGAAUACGCCAUCAUGACCCUUAUUGCCCUCAACACCAUAGUGCUGAUGAUGAAGUUUCACGGUGCCCCAAAGCCAUAUGAGGACAUGUUGAAGUAUCUGAACAUCAUCUUCACCUCACUCUUUACUCUGGAGUGCAUCAUCAAGAUGAUCGCCUUUGGGCCGUUGAACUACCUGAAAGAGGCCUGGAAUGUAUUUGAUCUCAUCACGGUGCUCGGCAGCAUCACCGACAUACUGGUCACAGAAAUCAGCGACCAGGACAAGAUGAUAAACCUGAGUUUUCUCAGGCUUUUCAGGGCAGCACGUCUCAUCAAACUGCUAAGGCAAGGCUACACCAUCCGGAUCCUGCUGUGGACUUUUGUGCAGUCAUUCAAGGCUCUGCCAUACGUCUGCCUUCUGAUCGCCAUGCUGUUCUUCAUCUACGCUAUCAUAGGGAUGCAGGUUUUUGGGAAUAUCCAGCUGAAUGAUGAGACUGCGAUCAACCUCCACAACAAUUUUCAGACUUUCUUCCAAGCACUCAUACUUUUGUUCAGGAGUGCCACAGGAGAGGCCUGGCACGAGAUCAUGCAGCAGUGUUUGAGCGGGAAGGAGUGUGACCCCGAGAGCAACCACACAGGGAAUGAGUGUGGCAGCGACUUUGCCUACUUCUACUUCGUUUCCUUCAUCUUCCUCUGUUCCUUCCUGAUGCUCAAUCUGUUUGUGGCCGUCAUCAUGGACAACUUUGAAUAUUUGACUCGGGACGCGUCCAUCCUAGGACCUCACCACUUGGACGAGUUUAUCCGAGUGUGGGCAGAAUACGACCCAGCAGCCUGCGGACGGAUAGUGUAUAUGGAUAUGUACAAUCUGUUGCGUGUAAUAUCGCCUCCCCUCGGCCUGGGCAAGAAGUGCCCCACCCGAGUGGCUUACAAGCGUCUGGUCAGGAUGAACAUGCCCAUAGCUGAGGACAACACAGUGCACUUCACCUCCACCCUGAUGGCUCUCAUCCGCACCGCCCUGGACAUCAAACUGGCCUCAGGAGUUCUGGCACAGCGGCUGUGCGACGCAGACCUGAUGAGAGAGAUCAACCGAGUGUGGCCCAGUCUCCCCGCCAAGACAGUUGACCUCCUGGUGGCACCGCCUAAACCUAACGAGUUAACGGUGGGAAAGGUCUAUGCUGCUCUGAUGAUCUUUGACUACUACAAGCAGAACAGAGCUAAGAAACUCCAGCAGCUGCAACAGCAACAGAUGCCUGGUGUUGGAGUACCGGGAAAGACUUGUGCCCUGUUCCGCCCCAUGUUGCCCUUAACCUCCACUGAAGAGAAGGAGCCACAGGCUACCAGUGCCAAUGCCCCUCUUGUCGUGCGGCCUGAUUCUCUGUUGAAGCCAAAGUCUCCUCCCACUACCUGCUUGGCCAAUGGAGAUGCAGUUAGCCAAAGGCAGACCCAUGUUGUGCAGUCUCCCUCAGGGGAGAAGACUCAGGAACAGCUGCAGAGAAGCAGGACGUCGGUACAGAGGGGCCAAUCAGACGACUCAAGCAAACUGCAGGAAUCGGGAACGGAGCUCAGUGAUGCGGAGUACACCUCGGACAUGGAGCGCUUCUCCAUCCUGGAACUGGGGCCUGGCCGAGCCUCCUCCAUGCCCCGACUCAACGCAGAAUAUCAGCCUAUUCUAGAUGUGAGUCCCAUGACCAUCAGGCGCUCUGCAUCUACACUGGCUCCACAGUGUCCCCAGGAGGUGAAUCUCAGGGCGUUGGGGCUGGAGAGGAACUCCCAGGCGGCAGGCCGAAACAUGGCCCACCAUCACCACCACCACCAUCACCACCACCAACACCACUGCCACAAACACAGCAAACAGGACAAGAAGCACAAGCCACAAGAGAAGGCCAGCCCCGACCAGACAACGACUCCAAGGGAUAUGGUGGUGGAUGUGACAAGCACAUAUAUGAGUCGUGAGCGGACACAGGAUUGGAGGGAUCGGGGACGCUCGCAUGAGCGGAAAAAACAUGCGUCCUCUGAUGAUCCCAAGAUGCGCUACUAUUCGUGUGAGCGGUACGGCAGCAAGGAGAAGGGCCAUGCUCAUGCUGCCGCCGGACCCAGCCGCUCCACCUCAGCUGGGGAACACCAGACGUUGCACCUCAAACAGAUUGACGUCAAUGCCAGGGGCAGCCUGGUGACGCUUGCUUUGAACAGCGGAGGCACACCCAACCGCAGCCGCCGGCAACUCCCUCAGACCCCUCUCACUCCACGCCCGGCCGUCACCUACAAAACUGCCAAUUCGUCCCCUGUGGCCGUCGUGCGACCCAGCGGUGCCCAGCAACAAUAUCCUGUUGUCGUCACUGCAUUGAGCUCUGGCUCAGCCCACCUGAUGUCACGUGGGCUCUCGGAGCACAGAUCUCUGCUAGCCAAUAGCGCCUGUUCAUCCCCUGUGCCUGUCACACGCAUUGGCUCUGUGCCCAGCUUGCUGGCUGCUGAGCCACAACAACAACUCCUCUUCGAGGACACGGACGAUUUCCAGGAUGCCCUUAGCACUCAACACGGUCUCAGGGGCGCAGAGCCCACCCUGACACAGACGCUCCUCAGUAGUGCCCCAAGCGCCGCAGAAAGAGAAGGGGCCAGGACUGGCUUCUGUGGAGUCCCUAAUGGCUACCACUUCACCAUGGGUUCCAUGAGAGCGACGGCCAGCUCUGUAGCCAGAGGAGCAAGCGGUGGUGGAGGGUGCUACCAGAAUUCAGAGAAAGAGGACUGUUGCUGACGACAUGACAUGGCCAGUGGUGCUAGACAAAAACAGACAGGGUGAACAAUGUAAUUCACUUCUAUAAUUCACUUCGAUAAUUCACUUCUAAGCUCAGAGAGUCAUGCUGUAAAGUUUUUGUGUGUGUGUGCAUGUAAAGUUUAGUGAUUGGAAGUCUGAAAGUUUUUUCUCUCCAUGUUGUGAAUGUAUGUAUGUAUUUUACUGUAAAAACUGAACACCUGGGAGAACAAGGUUGUGACCCCUUCAGUGGUUGGCACCUCAACAAGACUACAGUGACACACACACACACACACACACACACACACACACACACACACACACACACACACACACACACACACACACACACACACACACACACACACACACACACACACACACACACACACACACACUCGCACGCAAUGGUGGUGGUGGUAGCAGUAUAUUUGUUGUAAGACUAGCUGCCUUCUUAUUUUCCACAAAUUGUUUAAGAAAGGACUGUUGACUAACAACACAUACACAUAUAUGGUACCUUCACAUGGGUCAUUGAGGGGUAUUUAUUUUCAUUUGAAAUGCAGUGUCAAAUAUUGCAGCAAGUGCCUAACUUUUAAUGUGUCACUGUUAGGGCUGUAACGAUACUAUAUCGAACCAAGAAACCGUGAUACGCAGUGACACGACACUGUAUCACGUUGCAAGAAGGCAGAAUCGUGAUGCGCUCUUUCAAAGUUCUGCUACCCUUCAAUCCAGAAAACUACAGCAUGAUAUGAGGUGAUUGUCCUUCCAAGCUUUAAAUCACCAUCAUCAUUAUUCUUUUAUAUAUACAUUAUGUGGUAUUUUUCUUUCUUUUUUUGAUAUACUUUUAUUUAUAACACAACAUAAUAUUAUUAACCCGCAUUGUGUGUCAAAAAAUGUGCUACAAACCGAAUUGUGUCUUGGGUGUAUCGUUACAGCCCUAGUCACUGUUUGUGGGUAAAAUGCAGAUUUAUGUCGGAGCAGAACAUGUACUAACAUUAUCAUGGCCAAAGAUGAUCAGUACAAGGUACUGCAGGUCUGGCAUCUCAAAAUAGCAGAUAUCAGAACAAUGGCGAAUAUUUAUGUUUUUACAAAGACAAAUUUUUGAAAUGAUCUUGAUCUUGACAUUCAUUUGGUGUUCAUAAUGAAAUGUUUAUAUUAGUUUAAAAACAUGACACGUAACAGUUAUAUUGCUGCUAUGGUAAUAAACAUCUAUAAGUUUGUUAGAUGGGUGUCAAUUCAGAGUGAACAACAUAAGGGCCUCCGCACACCGGUCCUUUAUAAUGAAAUGUUUAUAUUAGUUUAAAAACAUGACACGUAAUAGUUAUAUUGCUGAUAAGCUUGCUAUGGUAAUAA